UCAAAUGGGCUAUUUAAACUGAGCCAGUGCUGCUUUUUCUUCAGCCUUCCCUGCAUCCUAAGACCCUGUAUCCUGACUUCAGUUGCUGACCUGGUUUGUCCUGACUACUUUCUGAACUCUGCCUGUACUCAGGGGUGGACUGACCAUUUGGAAACUCGGGCACUGUCCGAGGGCCCGGGAUGCCCCUGGUACCUUUUUCAUAGGUUUUUUUGAGUUUGGGCAAGGACACAGGGGCCCCAUGAUCCCCUAUUACCCGGGGG